AUGCAUUCCCUCGUUGCAUACAGUCUUUUGGCUUCAGCCACUCUUUCUCUCGCUGUUGACCCUCGUUUCGAGUUCCCGGACACUGUUCCUCUCGUCAAGCGCCAACAGCCUGGUACCCCUCAGUAUGCAUGCCAUGAGGACUGUGGACUUCUGAUCACAAUCGCCCGCGAGGAAAAGGACUUCUGCGAAAACGACGAGUGGACCGGCCACUAUGAUAAAUGCAUGGAAUGUGCAAACACUUACGGCAUCUGGAAGUACUACGGUGAGGGCAUAAGCAGGGUUGCCAAGCAGUGUGACCUUUCUCCCUCACCCAGUCCUUCAGGUGCUGCUGCUACCGAACAGUCCACGUCAGCAAUAGCAACAACGGAAGCAGAGGUCACUUCAGCUGUUGGUGAGAGCCCUGCCUCUAUCACGACUAUCCAGCCUGUCGUGACUACACAUGAUGUCAGCGCUACCGAGACACAUGCUACGCCCAGCCAUGAUCAUACUUCUGUUGACGAGGUUGGUACUGUUGGAACCACUGCCACCUCGACUCCCGAGCCAUCUAGUGUCCCUGUCAACGGCGCCGCCAAGCAUUUCGAGCUUACCACGGCCGUGGCAUUGGCACUUCUGGCUAUGCUUAGCCUCUACUAA